AGUGAUUAAACAAAUUGUUCACAAAAGUAAAUUUAGACCACUCGAAGCAAUGGUACUAACAGUUUCGAACUCACAGUGACUAAUGGGGGGAAGAACUUGUAUGUAUAGUGUACAUUCGAUUUAGUGUAAGAGAUGAGCUGAUUUUGGAUGAAUCAGUCUGUCAUGCACGAAUUUUAUCAGUACUAACUUAGUCUGAGGCAUCUAUUUAUUAGUAUGUAUCGUUCGUUCAAUAAGAAUGAUUUGUCUUUAUUCAAUCAAUCUGUAUGUUCCAUUUAAUUUUUAUUGUAAUUUGUUAUAGUCUUGUUAGUCCAAGGGAAUUAAAUGGAAAUCUUUCCCCGUAUUUUAUUAUUUUAAAAUUGAAUAGGUACUACUACGUUUUCUAUUAAAAUAGUCAGUCAUUAAAACGAGUUUAUACAGGGUGGAUAAAAAAAUACGAAAUAUGCUAAUUGCGUCCCAAUAGUGAUUGUAAUUGAAAAAUUUUUCGAAGAAAACUUGCUCCCAAUGUACUGUACAGUGUUCGAAAAUGAAAAAAAAAACAGUUUCGUUUAAAUGACAGGCCAAUGUAAUAUGGGACUAAUCGAAAAAAGUUAUGUCAAAAAAUAUAUAGCCCAGGUAUUUGCAUAGCUUCAUAUUUUGGCAUUCUGAAUAAUUUUUCAAUUGGAUCCAUCUUUUAUAUGGCUGGCGUUUAAAUGAAACCUUAUUUCAAUGUUCGAACACUGUAUAGUAUAGUAAAUCAAAUUUUUAUGCUGCAGACGAUCUUGCAUUCAGAGAAUAUUGCGUACUUUUCGAGACACCAUGUAUACUCGCCAUGUUUCCGAUUUGGUCAAAAAAACAAAAACAGUAUCUUUUUGGUCAAUAACUUACUGAACCGACUAGACGUAAAUCGCGAUUUUGAACCCAUUAGUUCCCAUGAGCACGCCAUACCCACUUUGAAUCAAUCACCGAACAAAUAAAAUUUGCUCUCUAAAAGCUAGUUGAUAUAAUAUCAAAUCAUUGGCUGCAUAUCAUUAUCUAUUGAUAGUGCUGUAGUACAUUAUUAAGUUUUUAGUCGGUAAUUUAUGGAAACCUACGACGUCGAAUUUAUUAGUUCUCAUCAGCACUCAGUCAGUCAGUCUGAAACGCUACUGUUUACAGUAAAUAUCAAUAAAUGACGAUUUACAUAUGUGUAUACUGCCAUGACUUGACAGUAAAUAUAACGAAGGAAUUAAUUUUUACCUUUUUUUUUUCAGAUGCAUAGACCAAUGGUUUGAGGUGAAUCGUUCAUGCCCCGAACAUCCAGGUGAUUAGCAAAGUUUGAUCGGAGGUCAAUCUUGUACAAAUAUUAGUAUUUUAAUUGAGAUGUGUGAAAAGUGGUUAAUAAUUGGUAUAAGUGGAACAACAUGCGGUGGAAAGACAACUUUGGCAAAUAAUUUACACGAUAAAUUUCCGAUCCAUUCAAAAGUCAUAUCGCAGGACGAUUAUUUUUUUGAAGCAGAUGAUCCAAGAUUGGAAGAUAUACCUGACUUAAAGCAUAAAAAUUUUGAUAGCCUUGGAAGUCUGGACAUGGAAAAAAUGUUAAAGGACAUCAACAUUAUGGUACAAAAGAGAAAGGGAGAUUUUAUUCUUAAUAAAUUCAAUGGUGAGACAACUUUGAGUAGUAAACAUAUUGUAGAAACCAUUAGAGAAAAAUUAACCAGUAAUAAUAUUAGUAUACUAAUCAUUGAAGGUUUCUGUAUUUUUAAUUAUCGUCCUGUAGCUGAUCUUUGUGAUUUGAAAUAUUAUAUUUCAUUGACCAAAGAUGAAUGUUACAGCAGACGUAUGAAACGAUCUUAUAUACCUCCUGAUGUCCCAGGUUAUUUUGAAAAGUACGUUUGGCCUCAGCAUCUUCAACAAAAGAAAGAUGUUGAAGAAAAUAUUCCAAAUGUUACCUGGUUUGAUGAACAUUCUGAAAAUAAAUUGGACAAAAUUAUGUCCGAUAUCCUGAAUGUCAUUCAGAUAUAAAACAAAAAUAUACACAUACAGUAAAAAAGGUGGUUACAGUUCACUAGUACCUUGCUUCUGUUUAAGAAGAAAAUUUUGUAUAUAAAAAUUAAUAUAUUACAAAAAUACUGGGCUUGAUGUAAGAAAAUUAUUAGGCAAAUAAUGUUAAUUACUUACUCAAUCUUGCAAUAAAUAAAUAUGUGUUUAUAAGGAUGUAAGUUUCUCAAAAAAUAUAGUUUGAUAUACAUUAAUCCAUUAAAAUUUUCGUGUUAUGAUCAAUAGUAAACCAACACUGUAGUCAGAAUCUCUUUAGAUAGAAUAACUUUACACAAA